UCUGUAAGGUCGAUCACAGACAAGUUAACUUGUCUCUCCUCCAGACUGAUCGCUGCUCCCUGACACGCCCAUACCGAUAGCUGUUACCUACGUGAGGCCGGAGAUCCCCCAAUUGAUGUCUGUUGUUGGUGCGUGUGGCGGCCGGCGCGCGCGGGGCACGCGAAGACGAGUUUUUUGUCAUCUUGCUUACCGUGCUCGCGCCCCCCACCAGUCGUGGUCUUGUCACUACAGCAUAACGGACGAGUGAGGCUGAUGUUGAGUUAGGUUUCAGCAUGGUAUCUCAUUUCCCAGGACAUCGAUCGACGGCGAAAAAGUGCUGAGCAAUGAGUUGUUUGGAGACUUCAAAGUCGUUAGUAAACAUAGUGUGUGUGAUAUCGUCCAGGUUGCAGCCCUGGAAUUGAAGGAGGAAAGCCGUUGACCUGCUGGUUGUCCGUAAACACACGACAGCUACAAAUGAUCAUCAUGUUCAGGCAAUACUAUGUCUCCAAGACCCUGGCUUUACUUGGGUUAAGGACGAAAAUUUGGUGGGACGAAGGGACGAUCUAACGUUUGCCAGCAGACUGUGUGUCCCAAAACAACUCCUAGAGGUCAUAGAAAGCAAAUAAUGCGAUAAACAACAACAGAGCCGAACCGACACAAAUAAAAGUGAAGAUCGAGGCAGAUGUUUUCUAUGGCAUACUCAAGCCAGCCAAUUAUACUUCAGGUCUGGAUCUGCUACAAGGACCAAAUACACGCCCAGUAAUAUCGCGCAAUUGGCCUGCAGAUGAGCUCAACGCACCGGUGAGCUGACGUUCAGGAGUGCUUCGUCACCUGCCGGAGCAGAUGGAACAUUCAGUCACAAAUAAAACUGUUUCGUUUUUUCUUCCGGAGUAAAUAAAAACUCGGUGAGCUAGCGGAUAUCACGAACAGGCGACCAUUCUCCUGGGUCUUUGAGCAAGUAGACUAACAAUGAGAGCCUGAAAGUGGUAAAGAAGACAGAAAGACUGCACUUUCGGAUUUAUUCCGUUUUCUUUAAGGUAGCCGUGCACCUGGCCAACUCCCGUUGCCGAAACCACUCACAUAGCCCGUGUGGUCCAGAGGUGACCACAGUUUCACCCAUGCCACGUAAUGAAGCAUUCCUUGGUAGGUUCGACUGGGCAUAAAAGGGCCAGAUCAGGAUAAGGCAUGCAUUAUUUGGGAUUUGAAUCCCAACAAAUGUCACGCAUGGUGGCGCGCCUAGGCGCGGGCUCACGCCGCACCGGUCACUUGCACCCAAUCCCUGCAUCAGAUGGCUGGCCGGCUCAAACAGUGGCCUGGUGCCUGUGAAAAGGACAAGAGAGUGUGGUCGCCUCUGGGGAAUUCUUUCCCGUGGCAUUCAGCACAUAUUUCCAAAUGCAAAAAAUCUGACACGCUUGAAUUUGUCACGGUGGGCUAAAAGCCGUGGCUUGGAAGGCUGCCGCCCAGUUCCGGCAUCAGAUGGCUGGCCGUCCCAGACAGUGGACAGAUGCUCGGGAUCGGACGCGAAUCUGGCGUGUUUGGAUCGCGUAGACGGUUUGUUUAAAUGCGUCAGUCAAUGUGUUCGAUCCCGCCUCCGGUCUUCUUGAUACCGGGUCCAGGUGGGGGAGAAGACAGUGCUCUAGGCGCUGUGCAAGUCAACCAUCAUUAUAAACUUAUUCCGGCGUAACUUAGCGUCCCUGCACUUAUCAUGCCGGGGGGUACAUGAUGGACAUCGCUGUUCGCCACAUCUGAACCUUCAUAUUCACACAUGGGAAUAGUUACAGGAGGCUACCGGAAAGUCAAGAAUAAAUACUGCAGUCGUGCAAAGCGCGACGAGGGUGGGUUCCAAAACAUUUUCAGAUAAAAAAUUGGAAGGCGGUAUCAUCCGAUCUUGACGACCAAACGGGUAGAAAACAGGAGUUGGGACUCAUCGGCAAGCCCUAGCGUCUCCUACAAGGUUUCAUGGAGAGGCUCGGAUUGUCACUACUUACCUGUGAAAUUCCUAAUGGACGAGAAAGCUACUUUGGGGCGUUUCAAGUUAUAAGAAUGACCUGGCAAGUUUAUGUGUAUAGGAGCUAGAUCGGCAAUGUCAGUAUUCUACCACUUCAGGAUUUCUAAAUUGACUUGACCCCUGCAUGAAAGGACAUAUUUCAAAAUUCAGAUAUGCUGAUUAUUAACGAAUUUAUAGUAGGGGGACCAGCAAACGGCGCGCCAUAGCUGAGGCGCUGGCAUGUUUAAAUGCGGUUUGCAACAGUUUCACAAUGAAACUGUUUUGUCUGUCAGUGGUUGACGUCAUCUGUCAGUGGUCGGAGCUCUAAAGGUUUGCUUGCGUCAGCUAUGCCACGAUUCAGCCAAACAUGGCCCUCGCAGCCUGGUGGGCGUUGGCAGUUUUCUAGCACCUGCCAGGCAUGCACUGGCACUUGGUGCCGGUAGAUGAGUUUGCGCUCCCGCCCCCGCUGGGUAUAUAAGGUCGCGCCAAGUCGUCCUCUUAGUCUUUCUGGCCCGCUGCGGUGCUGUUGCUGUUGGUUAAAAUCCUGGUCAAUUGUUUGUCUUGGACCAGGGUGUGUAAUGGUACGUCUAGAUGCGGGUCAGACUGCGUCAGCUAAUAGCGUCCUCUCCCGACCCCGGUCUUCUUGACUAUGUCUUGACACCUGGGCUAGGUGGGGAUGAGAGUGUGCGGUAGACGCUUCGCAAGUCUACUCUCACUAUAAACUAAUUCUUGCGCAAGUUGCCGUGUCUCUUUCAACUUACUGUAGAAAAAACGGUAGACAUUGUCGGUUGCGACGGUCAAACUGUCGCAUUCGGAACUCAGGUACCGUAGAAUGUAGGGGCUUUUAGGCUUCAAUUUUGUUCCAAAUAACCUCUUCUGCCCCGCUUCAUAGCGUUUCUCUUGUCGGACUGAAAUCCUCCUUUUCGGUCCCCCUCCUCUUCUCCGAAUUGUCCUUUUCCACUAUUCUUCGUCAACUACAUCCGCCUUUUCCACCUCCUCCGCCCUCCUCUCCUUCGCUAUUUUUCUUCUUCUUCUUCUUCUUCUUCUUCUUCUUCAUCAUCAUCAUCAUCAUCAUCUUCUUCUUCUUCUUCUUCUCCCUUCCUCCUCCUCCUCCUCCCACCUCGACUUCUUCCCCCUACUUUUUCUCCACCCGUCAUUCUCCUCCCCUCCCUCCGACUCACCUCUCUUCUACGCCAAGUACUUAUACGGUUUACCUUUGUCUCUUUCGCCUUCGCUUCUCUUCUUUUUUGUCUUUGCUUGUCCAUCACCUCCUCCCCUUCUGUCCACACCCUCCACCCACGCCUACUGA